AUGUCUUGUGUCAGUAUUGGUGGAUCAACAAAUCUAAAUGCCGUCAAUACAGCCCUCGUGUGCAAGAAUUUGCUUAAAUCCAAAACAUGCGCUCUAUUGAAUAAGGGAGAGGCGGAACACGAGUUGACAUUCCGUUAUGCCGUCGACCGUAUAAAUAAUGAUUCAAACAUUUUGCCGCAAACCACUCUUAUAGCACAUGUGGCCACUCUUGACAUCGCCGAUAGUUUUCUCGCCCAACAACAGGUGUGCGGACUUUUACGCAAUGGUGUUGUGGCCGUAUUGGGUCCGCACGACAGCAUCGCCUCAAUGCAUGUGCAGUCCAUUUGCGAAACCUUUGAAAUACCGCACAUCGAGACUAGAUAUGACUUCGAGUCAUAUCGGGCCGACCUAUCGCUCAAUCUAUACCCCCGGCCGUCGCUUAUUACCGAUGCGAUCAUCGACUUAAUCAAAGAGUGGCGUUGGAAGACAUUUGCUGUUGUAUACGAAGACAAUUCUGAGAUCGUAUUCCAGAAGUUCUUCGACAGAUUAUUAGCCAAUGCUUUGCAUGAUUUGGAUGGUAAUCAAUGGAGAGUGGAUCCAAUAUCUUGCGCUGAUGGCCAUCCCUGGCCUCACGGCACUACACUUCUUAAUUAUAUGAGACAAAAUGUAUUUUACGGAAUGACUGGUUUAGUAAAGUUUGAUGAAUCGGGCUUUCGAUCCGAUAUAAGUCUUGAGAUAUUAAGCCUAAGCGAAGAUGGAGUCGAUGUCGUA